AAGUCCGAAAUGAACCACACUUGGAUGUAUAACCUGAGCUUUGGUGCACCUGCGGAUCCUGUUGAGCCAAGGGCUGGACUCUCACGAAGUGGGCACACAGUAGUGGCUGUUUUUCUUGGAAUAAUCUUGUUUUUUGGUUUCUUGAAUAACUUGAUUGUCCUCAUCCUCUUCUGCAAGUUUAAAACCCUUCGUAACCCAGUCAACAUGCUUCUCCUGAACAUCAGCAUCAGUGACAUGUUAGUGUGCAUCUCGGGCACUACCCUCAGUUUUGCAUCCAACGUCCGCGGCAAAUGGAUUGGAGGGGACCAUGCUUGUAGGUGGUAUGGCUUUGUCAAUUCCUGCUUUGGCAUCGUGUCCCUGAUCUCCCUGGCUGUGCUGUCCUACGAGCGCUACAGCACUCUCACCCUGUGCCACAAGCGCAGCGAUGAUUUCCGCAAGGCUCUGCUGGCAGUUGGUGGCUCUUGGAUUUAUUCCCUGGUCUGGACCGUGCCACCUCUGCUCGGUUGGAGCAGUUAUGGGGUAGAAGGUGCAGGCACAAGCUGUUCAGUACGCUGGUCCUCAGAGUCAGCUGAGUCCACAUCCUACAUCAUCUGUCUCUUCAUCUUCUGCUUGGUUGUCCCCGUGAUGGUCAUGAUGUACUGCUACGGGCGCCUGCUCUACGCAGUCAAACAGGUUGGAAAAAUCCACAAGAAUGCUGCCCGCAAAAGAGAAUACCACGUCCUGUUCAUGGUGAUCACUACAGUUAUCUGUUAUCUGGUGUGCUGGAUUCCAUAUGGGGUUAUAGCAUUACUGGCAACAUUUGGCAAGCCGGGUGUUGUGACUCCAGUUACAAGCAUCAUACCUUCCAUCCUAGCAAAAAGCAGCACUGUUUGCAAUCCCAUUAUCUACAUACUUAUGAAUAAGCAGUUUUACAAAUGCUUUCGUCAGCUUUUCCACUGCCAAUCUCCUUCCUCCACCGAUGGAGAGCCCACCUACCAUUCCAAGGUAACUGUUAUCCAGCUGGAUCAAAGGGCAGAUGGUGGAAACUUGUGCAUUAAUGAACUACAUCGAGAAACAGACAGUAAAAUAACUUCUCUCCUGCACCCAGAGACAAUUUCAAAAGCUAUACCACCAACAUCUUAG